AUGCUGGACCUGCGCGUGGACGGGCUGCCGGCGCACGCGAGGGGCGCCGAGGUGGAGGCGUUCCUGGAGAGAUACGGAGAGCUCGUCGACGUCGAGGUCUUCCGCGGCGACGGGGACGUCUUCGCCUUCGUGCUGCUCGCCGACCAGACCUCCGGGGAGUCCGCGAUCCGGGAGCUGGACGACACCGAGUUCCUGCGAUCGGGGCACUACGUCCGCGUCGGGAAGCGGGGAGGUCCGUCGAGCCACGGGCUGCCCGUGCGGAGCCGAGACGAGAGGCCCCCGGUGCCGCGCCGAGCGGUGGCGGCCGCGCAGCCGCGCGGCGGCUGCGUCGACAG